GUUGUGUUCGCUGUCCAUACAAUUUGUAAUAUCUUUACGUUUCUCUCUCUUCGCGUCUUCUUUCUCCAGCCUUGCAGAGAGAGAAGCACGCAGUAACCAACUCAAUAUUCAGUUAAUCUUUCCCCGUUAGAGUCUCGGCAUUGUGUUUUUUUUUAGGGAUUUUCAUCGGAGUUUUUUCAACUUACGGAGACUAGAUAUUAGUAUUUGCAGAUUUCACUCUGUAACUGAUUCUUUCGAAAUUUUGUGAGAGAUCUGAUUAUUUUUUAAUUCUGUCGGGCGAUUCAGCCUCAACCCAACGCAAUUAACAACCUUUCUCAGCCUCUCUUCGCCGAUCUUUCCCGAACACUCGAGAUUCCCGGACGCGUGGAUGCGACGUUGUGAUGAUGAUAUUCAGAAAUUUGUGAAGCUUUCGCCUUAUUUUUUUUAUCUGCGAGGGUUUUUCUUUUCCGAGUCAACCCGUGGAUCAACUCGCAGUUUGUUUUUGAUCUGCUGAAUUCCAAAAAAUUAUCGGGAUUUCAACCGUAUUUCCGCGGCUAGUUAAUAGUAUCUGUGAUCGAAGAUGAUGCGGAUGAGGACUAAGAAUGAAACUUUACCACCCGAUUUUAACGGCGGCAGAGGCGCGGAGAAAGAGUGGGAGAUGAGGCCCGGCGGAAUGCUGGUCCAGAAGCGUACCGACGGCGGAGAAGAGAGCCGAGUGCCGCCGCCGCCCAACAUUCGAGUCCGCGUCAAAUACGGUUCACUUUAUCAUGAAAUCCGCAUCAGCUCUCAAUCAACCUUCGGGGAAUUGAAGAAGAUGCUGUCGGCGCCCACGGGGCUACACCACCAGGAUCAGAAGCUGUUUUACAAGGAUAAAGAGAGGAAUUCGACUGCGUAUCUAGACAGUGCCGGAGUGAAAGACAAGUCUAAAUUGGUGUUGGAAGAGGACGCCAUUAGCAAGGAGAAACGCUUCCUAGAAAUGAGGAAGAAUGCUAAAAUGGAGAAGGUUGCAAAAACGCUGUCAGAUAUCAGCUUGGAGGUUGAUAGGCUGGCUUCGCAGGUAUCUUCUCUUGAAACUGUGAUUUCUAAAGGCGGGAAAGUGGUGGACAAGGAUUUAGUGAACCUCAUUGAGCUGUUGAUGAAUCAAUUGCUCAAAUUGGAUGGCGUCGUUGCUGACGGCGAUGUCAAAUUACAGAGGAAAAUGCAGGUGAGAAGAAUACAGAAGCUUGUGGAGAAACUUGAUGCGAUGAAACUCAAGAAUUCGAUGCCUGGAAACCAAGUUCCAUCGCAGAAGCACUCGAAUGGUACUGAUGUGCCUUCUUCACCAGGUCAGCAUCAAGCCCGGCAUUCCAUGGGGGAGUCUUUGAUCGACUGUGAUUCACCAAAGCUGCAGGAUGAACAUCAACCUUCAAGGAGCUCGGGCUCGGGCACUUCUGUGGUGAUCACAACACAAUGGGAGACUUUUGAUUCUACUUCGAAUCCAUUUUUAGGUGGCUCUUGGACCUCCAGUACAACAGAAAAAGGCAACAUUCGUCCAGCUUUCAGUUGGAACUUGCUGUGAGUUGGUAGUAAGAUCCAACGCAAUGCUGUGUCUAGUGUGGAUUUGUUUGGAAGUAUGUUUGGUAUCGAUUCUCGAUUCUUUUCUGUAUUUAGAGCUCUUGUCUUCCCAUAUGUGUUCCUCUUCAUCACAAAUAAAUGGGGAUACUUGCAACGGCCGAGGCCACGCUUGAUCAUCCCCAUUGAGUUUGUUUAUAUUUUGUAAUAUGUGUCGUACUACUUGUACUUAUAGUUUGCAAUUGCAUUUGAAUGAGUAGUUUUUUUUCCUGAUGCAACAGAAUCUUAUUCGGAGUUGUAAAUUUUGUUUAAUACUUUACAUAUGAGUAGUUAAAACCCUGGGGUGAUCA